AUGAAUUACAAUUUUUCAGGAAACCCAGAGCCAUAUCAAGAUCUGGAAGAGGAUGAAAGGAUGUUUCGGCAUCUUGCCGAGACUUAUGAACCAAUUCCAGAUCUAGAAAAUGGAAAUAACGACUUUCCACCUUUUGAGCGCUUUCUGUACGACCCCUCUGUAGCACCCAGGCUUGAGUAUAACGACGAGGCUCAGCAAUCCCAAGACCCCGGACUUGGACCCAACAUCAAUCGGUUUUGGGGAAAUAUUGGAGACCCCGCGAACUGGGCGGGCCCACGCGAACCCGAAGUGGUUCAAAUUACUCAAUAUGCACCACUUGUUUCACCGUCUCCACUACUUCGUUUACGAUCUUCGCCACUUCAUUCACCGUCGUCGCCAUCUCUUUCCCCAUCUUCAUCACUCCUUUCGGCAUCUUCAUCACAUCAUUCAGCAUCUUCAUUACAUCAUUCGCCAUCUUCGCCACUCCGUUCAUCAUCUUCACCACUCCAUUCACCCUCUUCAUCACUCCGUUCACCAUCUUCACCAGCACGUUCAACGUCUUCAUCAAUACGUUCACCAUUUUCAUCGGAGCGUAGAACGAUUAAGGGGUAUUCGAAUCGGGGGGUAAAUUGGAACCCGGAUGAUAUCCCUGCCGGGGCGUAUUACGACCCUUACCGUAUCGGCCGUGAACGUGUACCUCCACCACGUUCACCUUCAUCGUCAUCUUCACCCCCGCCUCUAUCUAGCUAUCUAGUUGAACCCACUCCGGAGAAUUCCGAUGAAGAAACAGGAUUAGAAAACAACUCCGGGGAUUUUGGCGAGGAAUAUCAGAAUGAAAGUGACAUUGAUAUUCCAAAUAUAAAAGUUGGGGUGAAUUAUGAAAACCAAAGCGAUGUGGAGAGGCCUGUAAAGCGCACGGCUCGAAAAUCGGUCCCAGUCCAAAGCUCCAAGCCGGGGAGGAGCGGAGGCAGGCUUACAUACACACUCCAGGAAAAAAACUUCUUAAUCUGGGCUGUCGGUUGCCCAUCUGAUAGCCCUACACUAAAAUUUACAUCAUUCCGCGGGGGGGUAGAAAGAGUGGACUGGCCCCAGAUAUCAAAAGCCCUUGAUUUGUGGAUGCAAGAAAGGUACCCGGAGCUACAAACACCAACCCGCAAACCCGCAACUCUUCAGGAACAGUGGUCAAGGCCCGAGCAGGUACCGCGAGGGAGGCCUAAAAAAGUUAUCAGAGUUAAGGAAUGUUGGGAGGCGCUUACCAACCCGAGUAUCCUAAAUAGUACAGCCACGCCGUGGGAUGACACAAACGAACUUAAACAAGACCGUCAGAGAAUGGAUAAAUGGUAUAAAAAGAAUUUCUAA